CCGUAGUAAUGCCUGGCGACGUGUCAUCGACCAUUUAACUGUAUGAUAAUCAAUUUGCAAGGCAUGUGAACGAUUUGUGUUAGAACAAGAUGAUUUAAGACCUAUAUUACGUUCACGAUUUAGCCGUUGAGAUUGCUAUGUAAUUGAGUUGCAUUGCUGACGGCGAAGUAGCAACUUGUUAGCAUGUUAGCAACAGGGAACCUCCCAGCACUGUGAUGGCUAGCAAGAGUUAGCCACACUGUCUCACAGUGCCAUCAAUUUGGUAAAUACCUAAAUAUUAUCGUCACAUUUGUUUACAUUUGUUGGUUCAACAAAACGUGUGCUGUAAGCCUUGUAUGGGCCUCUUCUUAUUAGCCGGGCUCGAUAGUCUUGUUUUUCUUUACAGGUUAACGUCAACAGUCAUUGUUUAUCGAGGCUCAGCUGUAGCUAGCUGACUCUAUUGUUUACAUGGAUACGGUCAGCUGAGGGGCUCUGUGGGCAUGUGGUGGUCGUAACAAUACUGGAUCGACUACAUACAGAACAACCGCGGUGGAAACAUGGAAAUGGAGCUGGGGGGUAGCUAACGUUUAUCUACAGCCGACUCUGUUCCAAAAUGAGGGUAAUCGGGGCUCCAAAGGAGGACAGCUGUGCCUGCUGGACUGUUUGACUUUGCGUGGGCGUUGGACAAAGGACAGGAGUUUGUUUGUCUAUAUUAAUGUUUUGCCCGAGGCGAGACUACAUGGGGAGACUAGGAAAUAAAGUGUGCUGGGAACUGGUUCGCGCUCCUGGCACUGGAAUGAUGCUGAAGACCCUACUGAUCACCAGUCUUCUUGGCUGGGCCAAAUGUCAAGAGAGCCAGAGUAUGACACCGGAGGAGAGGACUGUCAUCAGGGACCAGAUUAUUGAAAUGUUUGAUCAUGCUUACGGCAGUUACAUGAAAUAUGCCUAUCCAGCAGAUGAGCUGAUGCCUCUGAGCUGCAGGGGGAGAGUGCGUGGCCAGGAGCCCAAUAGAGGGGACAUAGAUGACUCCUUGGGGAAGUUUUCUCUGACACUCAUUGACACCCUUGAUACCCUGGUGGUGUUAAACAAGCUUGAUGAGUUUGAGGACGCAGUGCGGAAGGUGGUGAGGGAUGUGCGCCUGGACAACGAUGUGGUGGUGUCUGUAUUUGAGACCAACAUCAGAGUUUUAGGAGGGCUUUUGGGAGCCCACGUGAUGGCUGACCUGCUCCGGCAGCGUGGGGAGAGGAUGCAGUGGUAUCAAGAUGAGCUCCUACACAUGGCCAAAGAGCUGGGCCAUCGACUGCUGCCUGCCUUUAACACCACAAGUGGCCUUCCCUAUCCAAAGGUGAAUCUACGGUACGGAGUCCUAAACCCACUUUCACGCACAGGCACUGAAUCGGACACCUGCACAGCAUGUGCUGGAACAAUGAUCCUCGAGUUUGCUGCCCUCAGCAGACUGUCAGGAGAGUCUGUGUUUGAGGCAAAUGCACGGAAGGCUCUGGACGUCCUCUGGGAGAGGAGACAGAGAGGAAGUGACUUGGUGGGGACUGUCAUUAAUAUCCAUAAUGAAGAAUGGGUCCGGCGGGACAGUGGCGUUGGUGCUGGUAUCGACUCAUACUAUGAAUAUCUGAUGAAGGCCUACAUCCUUCUAGGAGACAAUGUGUUUCUGGAGAGGUUCAACAUUCACUACAGUGCCAUUAUGAAGUACAUCAGUCAGCCUCCCCUGCUGCUCAAUGUACACAUGCACAACCCCACUGUGAGCGUGCGCAGCUGGAUGGACUCUCUCCUGGCAUUCUUCCCUGGCUUGCAGGUUUUGAGAGGAGAUCUGAAACCAGCUAUAGAGACUCAUGAAAUGCUUUACCAAGUCACCAAACAGCACAAGUUUCUUCCAGAGGCUUUCACUACAGAGUUUAGAGUCCACUGGGGACAACACCUGCUGAGACCAGAGUUUGCAGAAAGCACCUACUACCUCUAUAAGGCCACUGGCGACCCCUACUACCUCAGAGUGGGACAGUCCAUCGUGGAAAAGCUCAAUGCCUACGCCAGGGUGCCUUGCGGGUUUGCUGCCGUGCAAGAUGUCCGCACUGGGACACAUGAAGACAGGAUGGACUCAUUCUUUCUGGCUGAGAUGUUUAAAUAUCUGUACCUGCUGUUCUCGGAGAAGAGCGAGCUGCCCAUCGAUAUUGACGACUAUAUCUUCACCACAGAGGCUCACCUUCUCCCUGUAUCUCUCUCCACCACCAAGCCGCCCUGUCAAGGCAACAAUACAGAGACUGUUCCUGUCUCUCAAGAGGAAGAUCUGUUCACACACUCCUGCCCCAGCAUGGAGACGUUGUUCCCCAACAACCCUUCAUUUGCCAAAACCAUCCGGGACGGCUACAAGUACCUCACUGGGGUGGGACGAGCCUUCCACCCCUCACCUGUCAGGGAAAUUGAACUACCCCUCCAUGAUAAUGGCAUGGAGCCAGUAGAGUUCUUGAAAAGCAUGGGCAUUUCUCUCACUCCACUGAAUGAGGUCAUGGCAGGAAGCACCAGAAGUCAGAAGGAGCAUAAAGGAGUGUACCGGGUAAAACUCGUGGCUGAGGUAAGCCAGACACCGGAGGAGGAGGAGGUGGUGCCUCAUGUCGUUCAGCUCAUAUCUCCCCCAUUUCUGGGCAGGAUGGUCCUCACAGCAGGACCUGCCAAGUUCGGAAUGGACCUCACCAAGCAGGAGCACGGGGUGAAGGGCAGCAUAGCGAAAGCCUCCCCCUACACUGCAUGUGGGCCAGUAGAUAAUGCAGUGGAGCUUAAAGGCCAUAUCGCUCUGGCACUGCGUGGUGACUGCAUGUUCGCUGCAAAGGCUCGUCGGCUGCAGGAGGCAGGAGCCAUAGGAGUCAUCUUUAUAGACCACCGUGAGGGAAGUAAUAGUGAAGAGACUCCCCUCUUCCAGAUGGUUGGAGAUGGGGACUCCACUGAAGACAUCACCUUGCCUUUGGUCUUCCUGUUCAGCCGCGAGGGUGCCGUCCUCACAGCUGCUCUGGAGGAACAUCACAAUGUGGACGUGCUGCUGCUGCCCAAAGAGAGACAGCUGGGACAUGAUAAGACGGAAAAACCUGUCGGCAUGAACAUCAAACUCCGCCUGGCAGAGGAAGGGGAGCUGGAGGAUGGAGCAGCCAGAGGGCCCACCUUGGAGUUUGUCUUGGAGAAAGAGGAGGCACUUCUUAAGGAAGAGGAGGAAGAGGAGCUCAGAGGACAGUCGCAGCAGCAGCACUUCUGCACAAAGGCGGCAGAGAAUGACAGAACUGAACCAUGCUCAGCCGGUUCAUCUCAAACCCCAAAUUCUGACAGUGGACCAGACACAAACCCUUGAUCACUGCUGAUCCCAAAGCAGCCAAGUUUCCUAACACUGAUCCCUCGUCAGUUUCUGAAUGGCAUGUGCCUCAGAGCCCCUCACUGCCCAACAUGGAGCCCGAACUGACCCAGCCCGCAUGUUUACAACUGAUGGAGGAGUUUGAUGGCCACACUGCCAUCCUGUCUGGACUUUGAACCCUAGAGAUGGUUCUGCAUUUAUUAGACAUAGAGUCAAAGUGAAGCUUCUAUUCUGCGCGGUGCCGGCCACUCUGACAAGAGGGAUCAUGAGACUAAACUAGGUAGUAAAAGGCUAAAAGCUGUAAGAUAAGAUGGCUGUGCUGGUGCUGCCUACACCUAGCCUGCAGUGUUGCUAUCAUAGGCACAUACAAGGUGUUCCUGCUGGUAAUGACAUAGAUCAUUGACUUUAGAAUUUUAAAUUACUUCACCUAGGAGGAAGAAAAUAUGUACUUGCUAGGUUUUUAUGCAAUGCAGUUUGUUUUUAAUGUAGGUUGCACCUUUUUUCACUUCAAGAACUACUGUUCUCUAUUUAGUAAUAGUGGAAUAUUACCUGGCCAGUAGGUGGAGUUCACUACCAUAACUUCUCAGUAAUGCAAGCAGAUGAAGGAGAUGAACUGGGGCCAAUUUUGAGAGUUUAUUUUAUUUUGUACUGGUAAGCAACUUCAGGGAAUUUUGAGAGAGAAUGCAGUUUGCUAAGUUGACCCAUUUGAUCAAAUGUUUGUGUGUGUGUGUGUUCUGCAUUUUCUUCUUGCUGGCGUGCAUGCGUGUGUGUGUUUUUGUGCGUGCGUGCAUGCGUGAGUGUGCGCAAGGUGUAUAACAGCUGCAAUGCCCAAGACAGUGUCUCAGCCAAAACAUCAGUGCUAUCGGAUGAAACCCUCAUCACACAAGCAUUUCUAUAGGAUCAACCACCGUAAAUCUUGAAACAACCGUUACAUAACCAUGUAAUCAUUGUUAAAAAUGAAUCCUGCCAUCCUAAAAACAUUGCAGAAAUGACCAAAGCUGGCUUAACUCUGGUUAGGUCCAGAUGCAGCGUCCCAGACUGUUGUGCACUUUGAAACACAGGUAUGAUCGUCUAUGGCGGAGUCGAGCAGAAAUGAACAUUCAGCCUGUCUUUGCAUUUGUUUGUGUGUGUGUUGCAAGAAGUAGUUAUAAUUGCAGUCAUUUAUCGUCCGAUUUGCAUUGUGUGAUGAUGCAGUCCAUAUAUCCAUCUUAAAAUGUAAGGAAAGCUCCACAGGUUUACUUUAAAAGCAGAGAGGUGUUUUUGGUCAAGACUUAAAUGUACCUGCUGUUAGUCCCUCCCACUCAAACUACACUAACUAAACCACAUUUUGGGCAUUCUUAUGUGUCAUUACUUUAUGCAACAAUCCAGAAAGAUGCAUAACUCUGUUAUCAGUUUGUUCACUUACUUCAUUCUCACUAAUAAGUUAUUGUAUGAUUUUUGUCUUUUGUGGUACCUGAAAUGUGAGCUCAUGUUUGUGUGGAAAAAACACUCUUUGUGCCAGAGUAUGUUUUCAUUUAUGUUUGUAUAGUUGACCUUUUCCUGAUGCUGCUGAGUUAAUUUCAAGUCUUAAUCCAACAUGGCAUUUUGUUACAUUUGUUUAGCCUAUAUGAGGCUUUGCCAACCAGUAUACCUCAGGACUGUGGACUGUGUUCUCUGUCUGUUUAGAGAAAAGGACCACGGACAGGAAGUAUGGCACGCCUUUCAUUAUUUUUCGUGCUAUUUAAUUUUUGUGUUCAACUGUUUCGUAAGGUUUCUGUUGAUCGCUCCCUGAAAGUCAAAAAGUGCCAAAAGAGAUGGGUGACGUGGCUCCUGUUUCUGUUUCACAUCUCCUCUGUAUUUAGUUCCUGACUGUGAGCUGAGGCAGCCCCGUCAAUAAAUUUUAAAUCACAA